GUGGAAGCAUCGGCCCCUUGCGUGAACAGCAGCCYCGGAUGGCAGCCCCUGCAGUCGGGGAAGGUGCAGCUAUGCAGCUUCAGAGCUCCAACGGCCCCGUGAAGAAGUCGAUGCGCGAGAAGGCCGUGGAGCGCAGGAACGUGAACAAGGAGCACAACAGUAACUUCAAGGCGGGCUACAUCCCCAUCGACGAGGAUCGCCUCCACAAGACAGGCUUGCGUGGCAGGAAGGGCAACUUGGCCAUUUGUGUCAUCGUCCUGCUUUUCAUUCUGGCCGUCGUCAACUUGAUCAUUACACUUGUUAUCUGGGCCGUGAUUCGGAUCGGUCCCAAUGGCUGUGACAGCAUGGAGUUCCACGAGAGCGGCCUGCUGAGGUUUAAGCAGGUCUCUGACAUGGGCGUUAUACACCCGCUGUAUAAAAGCACCGUGGGAGGCAGACGCAACGAAGACUUGGUGAUUACUGGAAAUAACCAGCCUAUUGUUUUUCAGCAAGGAACGACAAAGCUCAGUGUGGAGAAGGACAAAACCUCUAUUACCAGCGACAUUGGCAUGGAGUUUGUUGACCCACGGACACAAAACACCCUGUUCAGCACAGACUAUGAAACUCACGAGUUUCAUCUGCCAAGUGGAGUUAAAAUCUUGAAUGUACAAAAGGCUUCUACAGAGAGGAUUACCAGCAAUGCCACCAGCGAUCUGAACAUAAAGGUUGAUGGACGCGCCAUUGUCCGUGGCAACGAAGGUGUUUUCAUCACGGGCAAGACCAUCGAGUUCCGCAUGGGAGGCAACAUGGAGCUUAGAGCAGAGAGCAGCAUCGUGCUGAACGGGACGGUGAUGGUGAGCCCGGCGCGGCUGCCCAGCUCCUCGCACGGGGAGCACGGCGGCAACGGCAACUGGCUGCGCUUCAAGCUGUGCAUGUGCGCCGACGGGACCCUCUUCAAGGUGCAGGUGACGGGGCACAACAUGGGCUGCCAGACGGCGGCCAACCCCUGCGGAGCGGCGCGCUGAGGGGCGCAGCGACACCGCAGAGCCGCCCGCGCUCCUGCCGCCUCCCAGCUGCUCUGCGGUGACGGCGGUUCAUGCUAACACCGAGUCUGCGGCCUUGCUUUAAGCACAGGUUAUGCCUAGCAGUGUUCCUUCCAGCGGCAGGGCUGUCCUUGUUCUGAUUUGGGUGCUGUAGCAUGUUUCAGUGCACAUGCACACUGAAGUACCUGCCUGAACUGGGAACAGUAAAUAUAGUUAAAGGCAGCUUCAUCUUUGAAACGAUACUGCCUGCCUUCAGUUGGCUCUAAAGCUUUUUAUUGUUUUUUAGUCUUGUCUCCCACUUCCAAAAAUUCCAAUUUGAGGUACUUGAGUAGGAAAUGUUGGYGCAUUGUUUGAUGCGGUAACUUCAUGUCCUCUACUCUCUCUUGCCAAAAGUUGAUAGAUUUCUCUCUAAGGCAGACAAGCACAGAUUAAUUUUCAAAUAUUGCUUUACUUCAGCCUUAGACUCUCAAUAAGCUAUAAGAGAAAAAAUACCAUGAAUAAUAUUUGCAAAAAAAGUGAUGUACAGUAAGAAUUUCAAAAUUAAAAUUGAAUUUUCAAUCUGGUAAGAGGGGAAACUAAUUACAUGUUUCUCAAGUUCCAUUAUGUCUGAGCAGUUCAGGUAUUCUACACUUGCUUGAUGUGUGUGAAGUAUUUAUAAAGUUUAUUUAUAUUCAAAGUACAUUUAAAAAAAUGUACUGAUAAUUUGCUUAUUAUGUAGAAGAAAAGUGUUUUCCUGAGUGCUUUAAUGCAAAUAUAUUAAUUCAUUAUUUUAGCAGCUGAUAAGUUAAAGCACAGCAUGGCUAAAAGCAGCAGAGUGUGAGAUUAGAUUUGUGGGKUUUUUUUUAAAUUUUUUUAAUGAAUAUUGGUACCACUGCAUUACUGAAGCUCAGAAUUACAUUCUGAAUUUAAUAAAAGUGCAGGUCUAAAUCUAAAUGUAAUGACAUAGGAUCCCACAACACCACAGUUAACAUGUAUCUGAAUUUACCAAAAGGGAAACUUGGUGUAUGAUGUACUUACCUUACAGAGACUGUAAUAGCCUUAUAAAUUAAAAAGGUGUUUUGUACUAAAAACAGAACAGUGUACUGUAAGAAUACACCCUUCCCCCCA